UGCUCCAACAUGGUUAAAAAUCAAGCAAAGGAAACCGGAUUCGUGGUGGAGAAAAUUAUGGAUAAACGAAUAACGCCGGAAGGUAAAGUUGAGUACUUUAUUAAAUGGCGCGGCUAUCCUAACUCGGACAAUACUUGGGAGCCGGAGGAAAAUUGCGAUUGCCCCUCAAUAAUACAAAAAUUCGAGGAGUCGAGGGCCAAGUCCAAAAAACGUGGAGAAAAGAAACCUAAAGUUGAGGAAAUACAAAAACUUCGAGGCUAUGAUCGUGGCCUACCCAU